CCGCAGUCAACCAAGACCCUCUUUGGUGCCCAUAACGCAAUGGCGAAUGGUGGGUGCAACCAAGGCCCCGUACAGAUCACCGGAACCAUUGUAUCGAAUGCAUCGGGAGGCCCAUUGCCGAUAUGCUAUGCUAGCUCAGAAGGGGUUUCACAAACAGGACAUCUCCAUCGCUGCACACUUGGCUCGAAUGGAUCUGGUUGAAUGCAUCAACAAGACUAUUCAGCAGCGAGCAUAUCAACGGAUACAGACAUCAGUGGUGGAAUGCCUAAAGAAAGUGGUCAACUAGGGAAGCACAGUUUAUAGUCAUUGUGUCGAAAGGAAGGUUUCACAGAAGCAUGUUUUUGUUGUAGCGCAGUAGAAAAAUAGAUGUCCUUCAGCACAAGAUUCCAGAACAGUUUUAUUGACUGAGGAUCACACGGUAUCGCAGUCCAGAUUGUCAGAGAUCUUCGAUAGACAACACUUAUCAGCGGCCGAUAGGAGAGAAUAUGUCUGAAAAGUAUCGAGAUGACACUUGUGUACGAGGAGGCAGACAAAAAUAUAGCAUGGUGCAUUAACAGUUUUACAUUCGGGAUAAUAACCGACUAUGUCACAUGAUAGGCAUAAAUCACAGAUUUUUGGCGCAUGUUAGUCGCAUCAACGACUGGAAGCA